CGGGCCUAGGGAAGGGCCUCUGCUCCAGUCGAUAUUUCAGUGCUAGGAAGCCCCAUUCAUCAGCUAGCUGAGAAUUUUGCACCAUCUUUGCUCAAUUUCGACCAGCGCCAUAGCGCCCUCCAGCCGAACCCAAUCAGACUGAACAUUUUGACUAGGAUAAACGUAAAUGGCUUCCGCAGUCGCAUUCCAGGCCGGCGUGCUCCCUUGCAAAGACCUCGCACCUCUCCUGCUUGCUUCGAAGAAGCAGCAGUCCCUGUCCAGCUCAGCGCGCCUUGCGGCUAACACCCAAUUAGCCUCCCAGACAUCUCCAUUCUCCUCCGCCUCUCCCGUCGCUUCGCGUCGAGUCCGCGUGUGCGCUUCCGCAGAUAGGAGCAAUGAUGCUGGGUCGUCUUCCGCUUCCGCCUCCGCGCCCGUCUCAUUGGCACACUUCCCCGCCAAGCUGACGGCUUCCGUCACGGAAGCCGUCAAGGCCGCCGUCAAGCCCAUCCUCGCAGCGGCCCUCAUCGCCUUCGUCCUCACCGGCGCGCCGAACGACGCGCUCGCCGCGCAGGGCGGCGGGCGCGUCGGCGGAAGCUCCUUCUCCGCGUCGCGCGCAAACACCUACGCGCCGCCCGCCGCGACGUACGGCGCGCCCGCGCCGGUGAUCGUGGCGCCGCCCGUGGUGCCGUUCUUCAUGCCGACGCCGUUCUUCGGGUUCCCGUUCUUCGGCCCCACGAUCUCGCUGGGCGGAGGCGGCGGGCUGUUCGGGUUCCUGAUCCUCGGGAUCGCCGUGUUCUUCAUCGCGCAGACCGUCAUGGGGUUCCUCGCGGACUCGGCGGAAGAGGAGGUGUGGGCGGAGACGCAGCGGAGCAGUGUCGUGAGGCUUCAGGUGGGCCUGCUGGGCACGGCGAGGAAGCUUCAGCGCGACCUGGACCAGAUGGCGUCGCGCGCUGACACCGGCUCGCAGGAGGGGCUGCACACUAUCCUGCAAGAAACCGUCCUGGCUCUGCUGCGCAACCCCGACUACUGCAUCUAUGGCUUCACCUCGUCCGAGACUGCGAACGACUCGUACGAGGGCGAGGCGGCAUUCAACCGCCUGAGCAUGGGCGAGCGCAGCAAGUUCAAGGAGGAGACUCUUGUGAAUGUUGGUGAUGUGCGGAAACAGUUGGAGCGCCAGCCAAGCGAGCAGCGAAUGAACAGCGAAUACAUUGUGGUCACCAUCCUGGCGGCCACAGAGGGAAGUUUUCAGCUGCCCGAGGUGAAAUCCAACGCUGACCUGCGAGAGGCGCUCACAGUUCUGGGAUCCAUCCCUGCUGACGAGCUCCAGGCUGUGGAGGUGCUCUGGACGCCUCAAAACGAGGAGGACACACUCACCACGCGCGACAUGCUCGAGGACUAUCCCUCCCUGCGCCCCCUGUAGAUUGAAUGGUUCUGACUUGGGCACGUUUUGGUAGUGAAUCGUGAUGGUGUUUGUAUCAGAAUGUAAUAAUAAACUAGAAAUUAGAGAUACAAGACAAUAUAGACUAGUGAACUGUACCCUCUAACGCACAAGCAUGUAUAGUCUACAGGAACUGCAUAAGUUA